UCUACAAAAUGAGGGCACGUGGAAUUUCUAUUUUGGGUUUCCUAGGGAACACUACUAAAUCAGAAACUAAUAGUUUUAAAAAUGGCAUCCGAAGCUGACGAUUGGAAAAACCCGAAGUUUCGCCAAGAAUUUAUCAACACGAUUGAAGAAGCGAUACGACAAUGGGGUAAUCCCACAACCAGAACUGCAAGUGAAAUGGAACUUUAUUCCUUCGAACGAGCGAAUACCAAAGAAGACUAUUUGAAUUAUCAUUUUUGGUUGAUGAGCCAUAUACAAGGAAUAAGUGAACAAAAACCCAAAAGUGCUUCUCCUGUGGUUGACCCAUCUGUAGCAGAGACCAACAGCCAGCCAAAUGAUUCAGUUCAAGAUGAUGACUGGAGGAGUCCUGGAUUUCGCCAAAAUGUCAUCACAAAAAUUGAAGGAGCCAUCUGGAUAUCUGGAAAUCCAACAACAAAAACAGCCAGUGAAAUGGAAAAUCAUUUCUUCGAAAAAUCCAUAAGCAAAGAAGACUAUUUGAGUCAUCUUGCCCGAUUGCUAGUACAUAUAAAACAACUUAGUGCUCAAUUUCAAGCUUUCAGACAAAGAGCCCAAGUUGUUCCUGCAGUUAAUGUUGCUGCACUGCAGGGUAACAUCAAACCAAAAUCUCCAUCUCAGCCAGGUGUCAAAGAAAAAGCCAAGGGAACAUCUACAGGGGCUGUUGCUGUAGCACAAGUCAAUGUUCAACCAAAAACUGUUAACCAGCAAGAUGAAUGGAAAACGCCCGGAUUUCGCCAAAACGUCAUCGCGAAAAUUGGAGCAGUGAUCCGGCAAUCGGGGAAUCCCACCACCAAAUCCGCGAGCGACAUGGAAUUUCAUUUCUUCCAAAGGUCCAGAAAUAAGGAGGAGUAUUUAAAUAAUCUUGCUCGGCUGCUGGUGCAUAUCAAAGGAUUAACAAAUGUUGUUGUGGGAAAUCCUGCAGAUAAUGAAUACUAGACAAAUUAUUGGCCACUUAAGUUGUGUUCACCCAGAUGCCUUAAA